AUCACUUUUACAAACAACAUCUCCACCUGAAUAGUUUAAAUAGUUUUUUUUUUGCUAGUUAUCAGGAUGUGAAUUAGAAUUGUAGGCGUUCACCAGGUGAUCUGCCAUCUCUAAAAUGUAUAGUUUGCCUUAAGGUGUACAAUGACGCACAAAAACAUUUGUAAUGGUAAAAUUGUGAUUGUGGUAAAAGACUCAUCCAUUUUUAAACCAGUCUGAAUCUCUGUAAACUUUGUGUUGUGUUUCCCAACACAUUAAAUCCAACAGCCAACUUACAAUUUGGUGAUUAUGGUGUUGGUUAUUGUCUGUUGGAGCAGUGUGAUGCUUAAUGAACAAGCCAGAGGAGACUGUGGUAAGCAGAAAACACCCUGAGAAAACAUGCGGAAGAAACUAGACUAAAACAUGUACCUGUCCUCCUUUGGGUGGAGCAGGAAUUACACAUGUAUUUAAGCACCACUGUCCUGUCCACAGUUACACUCCAGAGAAUUAAGAAGGUGAAUGUUUACCGGACAGUUCAAUAAAGAAAAGACUCCUCAUACCGUCAUCUAGAAAUCUGAAUUACAUCAGCAGCAGAAAAGUAACGUGUGCGAUGGCCAGCAAAAGAAAAAGCAUGCAGACACAUGAACAAUAUGAUGACGAGGUGUAUUACAUGGCUGUUGCUCUGAUGUUUUCCAAGAAGAGCCCUGAUCCUAACACAAAGGUGGGUGCGUGCAUCGUAAACGAGGAGAAAAAAAUUGUUGGAGUCGGUUUCAACAAAAUGCCCGAUGGCUGUGAGGAUGAGUUUCCGUGGGAGCGUGAAGCUAAGGACAAACCGGAGACAGAUAACCCGUUCGUGUGUCAUGCGGCGUGGAAUGCCAUCAUGAAUAAAACCUCAGUGGAUGUGAAAGGAUGCACCAUGUACGUCACUCUGUUUCCCUGUAACGAGUGUACUAAGGUCAUCAUCCAAUCAGGUAACACGCGCGCGCGCACACACACACACACACACACACACACGCAUUCAUCACACGUUUAUCACACGGUUAUCAGGCGGUUGUCAUGA